AUGGGCGAUGGAAUGUGCCACAGCUUUGCAAUGAGACGUCUGUGGGUCUGUGUCUUGCUUGUGAGCAUCACCUGCCGUCUGAGCCUCACCCAGGAUGUAACUGGAACUCCCAAAGAGGCCGAAUUAAACGACAACAUUACCAUCUUCACUCGCAUCCUGGACGGACUGCUGGAUGGUUAUGACAACAGACUCCGCCCUGGACUGGGAGAAAAGGUGACAGAGAUCAAAACCAACAUCUUUGUCACAAGCUUUGGUCCAGUCUCUGACACUGAAAUGGAAUACACUAUUGACGUGUUCUUCCGUCAAAGCUGGAAAGAUGAAAGGCUUUGCUUUAAAGGCCCAAUGGAGAUGCUUCCCUUGAAUAAUCUCCUGGCCAGUAACAUCUGGACUCCGGACACCUUCUUCCUCAAUGGGAAGAAAUCCAUCGCACAUAAUAUGACCACACCCAACAAGCUCCUGCGGCUGAAAGACGAUGGGACCCUGCUCUACACCAUGAGACUGACUAUUUCAGCUGAAUGCCCCAUGCAGCUGGAGGAUUUCCCGAUGGACGCCCAUGCUUGUCCCCUUAAAUUUGGAAGCUAUGCGUAUCCAGUCUCGGAGGUGGUCUACACGUGGACUCAGGGAGCAGCCAAGUCAGUGGUGGUGGCAGAGGAAGGCUCUCGGCUCAAUCAGUAUCACCUCAUCGGUCAGACUGCAGGAACGGAGGACAUCUACACCAGCCGAGGCCAAUACACGGUGAUGAUGGCCCACUUUUACCUGAAGCGGAAGAUCGGCUACUUCGUCAUCCAGACCUACAUGCCUUGCUUCAUGACUGUAAUCCUGUCACAGGUUUCCUUUUGGCUCAACAGGGAGUCCGUGCCAGCGCGGACCGUCUUUGGUGUGACCACAGUGCUCACCAUGACCACCCUCAGCAUCAGUGCUCGAAACUCGCUGCCUAAAGUGGCGUACGCCACCGCCAUGGACUGGUUCAUCGCCGUGUGCUAUGCCUUCGUCUUCUCCGCCCUUAUUGAGUUCGCCACCGUUAACUACUUCACCAAGAGGAGCUGGGCCUGGGAUGGAAAAAAGGCGCUGGAGGCCCAACAGCCCAAGAAGAAGGACCCUUUGGCUCUGUCGAAAAAGCCGAACAACACCUGUUCGGCCGGCGUGAAUUAUACAACCAACCUCACGAAGGACACGUCCAUCGCUACCAUCUCAAACAGCACGGCAGUACAGCUCAAACCCUCUGAGACCAAGGCCCCUGACCCCAAAAAGACUUACAACAGCGUGAGCAAGAUUGACAAGAUGGCCAGGAUAGUGUUCCCGGUGCUGUUUGGGACCUUCAACCUGGUGUACUGGGCCACGUAUCUCAACAGGGAACCAGUGAUCAAAGGAGCUGUGUAA